GCAAAUCAAGACAGAUAGGAGCAGGGGACCAGCUGCGAUGGCUUCAGGAAUCCUGGUGAACAUAAAGGAGGAGGUAACCUGCCCCAUCUGCCUGGAGCUCCUAACAGAACCCAUGAGCCUGGACUGUGGGCACACAUUUUGCCAAGCCUGCAUCACUGCAAACAACAGGGAGUCUAUGAUUGGCCAAGAUAGCAGCUGCCCAGUGUGUAGGAUCAGUUACCAGCCUGAGAACCUGCGUCCCAAUCGACAUGUGACCAACAUUGUGGAAGCGCUUAGGGAGGUGAAGUUGAGCCCACAGGAGGAGCAAAAGAGGGAUCUUUGUGUGCAACAUGGAGAAAGACUCCUGCUCUUCUGCAAGGAGGAUGAGAAGAUCAUUUGCUGGCUUUGUGAGCGGUCUCAGGAGCACCGUGGUCACCACACAUUCCUCAUGGAGGAGGUUGCCCAAAAGUACAAGGAAAAGCUCCAGGCAGCUCUGGACAGGCUGAGGGCAGAACAGCAGAAAGCUGAAAAAUUGGAAGAUGACCUUGAAGAAGAGAGAACUUCCAAGAAGGAUCAAAUAGAAAAUGAGUUGAAAAGUGUCCAGGAUUGUUUUAAACAUCUGAGAGGUAUCCUGGCCAGUGAGGAGCAAAAGGAGCUGCAAAGGCUGGAGAAAGAGGCAGCAGAAAACCUCGAUGACCUGGCUCAGGCUGAGAGAGAGCUGGCCCAGCAGAGGAAGUUGUUGAGAGAUCUCAUCUCAGAUCUGGAGCAUCGGUUGCAGGGGUCAACAGUAGAGAUGCUGCAGGAUGUGAGAGGCACUAUAAAAAGGAGUGAGACCUUCACUCUGCAGAAGCCAAAAACUCUCUCCAUGAAGCAAAGGAGAGUGUUCCAAGCUCCUGACCUGAGAGGAAUGCUGCAAGUGUUUAAUGAACUGACAGAUGUGCGACGCUACUGGGUACACGUUACCCUGGAUCCUCCCACGGAUAAAUCAAAUAUUGUCAUUUCUGCGGAUCGAAGACAAGUGAAGUCUAUCUAUUAUUAUAGACCAUAUUUGUAUCUGAAAGGCAAUUCUGAGGAUUUUGGAGUCCUUGGGUCACCUCCUAUCACCUCAGGAAAACAUUACUGGGAGGCAGAUGUGUCAGAUAAAUAUGCCUGGGUUUUGGGGGUGUAUGGUGUAAAAUGUCCUGACUCCAAUAUGAUGGAUUUUGAAAAACAAGUUAAGAGGCGUCGGCAUGUUUGCUCUCAAUAUCAACCUAAAUAUGGCUACUGGGUUAUAGGGCUACAGAACCAUUCUGAAUAUAAGGCUUUUGUGGAUUCUGCCUCCUCUGACCCCAUGACCUUAACCCUGUUCCUGAGUGUUCCUCCCUGUCGUGUUGGGGUUUUUCUAGACUAUGAUGAUGGCACUGUCUCAUUUUUUAAUGUCACUAAUGAUAGUUUUCUCAUCUAUAAAUUCUCUUCAUGUUCCUUUCCUCAGAAAAUGUUUCCGUAUUUCAAUCCUAUGAAAUGCCCUUCCCCCAUUACACUGUGUUCUCCAGGCUCUUAA